UCAAUAGCAAUUCCUAAACAAAUAAGCAUAACAAAACAACUGAAGUCUUGAGCCAUCUCUUCGUUCUAACAUUCCUAAGCCAAAAAAUCUUUCCAGCACAGCCAAAUAUAUAUAUAUAUAUAUAAAAAAAAAAACCAGAAAAUGUCUCUCCUUCAUUCUCUCUUGAACCAAAACAGCUUGUUUGAUCCAUUUCGGGGUUUCUUGAUCGAAAACUCAGAGACCCAAAUGGACUGGAAGGAAACUCCUCAUGCCCAUGUAUUCGAGAUCGAUCUUCCUGGCCUUACAAAAGAGGACGUGAAGAUUGAAGUUCAUGAGGGGACAGUGCUUCAAAUAAGUACUGCAGAGAGAAAAGAAGAAGCUGAGGAGAAAGGAGAGAAGUGGCACUGCAAAGAGAGGUCACGUGGUGGGUUUUCAAGGAGGUUUCGAUUGCCCGAAAAUGCUAGACUUGAUGAGAUUAAGGCGUCAAUGCAUGAUGGGGUUCUUGUGGUGACAGUGCCUAAAGAUGAACUGAAAACGAAGCCUAAAAAGAAGGCCGUAGAAAUCUCUGGAGAUGAUGGUGAAAAACAUGUUUCCAGGGGAUUAGGUCGUUUUGUUUGCUGCAAGGCUUAAAUCUUGUGUUUGUUGUGGGUAGCUGCGUGGUCUAAUUUCUUCCGGGAUGGUUUGGGUUUUUUUUGGCUUGAUUCAAGAUUUUGUGCUGUCGUGUGAUUGAGAAUGUGAAUGUAAACAUGUUGUGCCUUGUUUUGUUCUUGUAAAAAGUUUAAGCUGAAUCAGAAGGUCAAUUAAUUUUGUAAA